AUGAUGACGACAACAACAAUGCUCGAUAAACCAUUAGGUGAUCUCUGCCAUGAAAUCGCUGACCUUCGACAAAAUAAAACUGUACGCGAUUAUGAUAUGAAUAAAUUAUGUUCAAUCAUAACUAUAUCAAGAGAAUCAUUGAAAGAAACUGGAAAAUAUCAACAGCAAAUCUUAAAUCAAUUGCAACAGUUCGAUGUAUCAUUGAGUGAAAUUAAUGAAAUUUUACGUGCGAAUGCUCAACAAAAAAUACAACUUGAGCAAAAACAACUUGAGCAAGAAUCCGGUGAUGAUUUCGACAUUCGAGCUAAACUAAUGGCAUUGAAUGCUGAAGCGUUAGAAUGUCGUGCGGCCGCUGUACAAUUACAGCAAGAAGCAAGAAUGGUAUUAACUAAAGCAACUGAAAUGGCGAAGCGUGCUAAUGAUGAAUUAGAACAACAGACGCUUGAACUCAAAGCACGGCAGGAACAAAUCGAAAGAAAUCGUACUGCCGAAAAUGAAAGACGUGCAAGACUAGAAGAAGAACGGCAACGAUUGAAAGAACUUCAACAAAAACAAUUAGAACAACAACAACAACAACAAGACGAACGCUUAUUAGCAAUGGCAAAAAGUCAAGCGCAUGAAGAUGAAUUUGCCAAUUGGCUCGUCCGCGAUUUCAUGAAUGAUAAUCACUAUCCAGCAUGCAUUGUGCGAACGUCGCCUGAUGCUGUUUCGAUGCCAAUUAAUGUUAACUAUUUAGUUGUUACUGAAACAGAAAAUUUACUUGACAGUCAAGAAGAACUUAUAAGUACACCAUUAAACAUCAAAUUUGAUUUCAUUACAAAUAGGCAGCAAUUCAUAUUAGUUGCUAUUCCUUAUAUUGCUAAACGAUCAUCUCAUCGUGAAAAUGUUAUUAAAGUUCGUCAAUCGAACGGUAUAUGGAUGUCGAUGGAGACCAAUGAACCAACAUUCGAUUCACAUAAAGACAAACGUUUUGCUGAAUGUAAACUACCUGAAUCUUCAGUGUGUGCCGUCGUAUCGCGUUUGAAACGGGAUAAAGUAUUGAUAGAAAAUCAAUCAUCCGGCCGGUAUUUAUCAAGUUCUGAUCCACGUUUUACAUUUCAAUGGCCGAAAAAUGUCUCGUCAAAUGAUUUUUCUAUCGAUAUUUGUAUUCAACCUGUUGAUCUACCAACAUUCAUACAGUUUUCUCAUGAUUUUUCACAUGAAUGUCAAGGUUUAUUAGCUGUUGGACCCAUCAUUGAACUUAAAUUUGAUGACAUCACUUUAAUGAAACCAAUUCAAUUUACAUUACCAAUCUUAGUACAACCGAAAAAGAAAGCAUCAUCACAAAAAACAGGACCAGCAUCAAACGAUGAGUCCAGUGUUCCUCCACCACUAGCUACGACUAGUCAAGUGCCUCAACAACAAACGGUCGCUCAACAACAGCAAUCAAUUUUUAAAUCAAUGAUUGGUGAAGAUUCAAGUAAUGAACGAAUUGUUCUUCUCUAUUCGAGUUCCAAUGAAAAUACAUGGCAUAUUGACACAGAUAUUCGUUUAGCUGAUUCGAAAACACACGAUAUAAUAACAACUGAUCUACAAUAUUUACAUUGUCGAAUGAUUGUUGCCCGAUAUGAUAAACAAAUAAUGGCAGUAAAACAAUUACCGACAGCUAUUUCUCUAUUUGACCAAACGCUUAAUCAACGAUGUGCAACAUUAUUUCUUCGUCGUCGUUUAGCAAAUCCGAGUGAAAUCUGUCUUGUGUGUUGUUCAAGUCAACGGACAGAUUCUGUUGAAAAUGAAAUUCGACAAGAAAAUUAUUCCACAGAAAAUGAACAAAUAAAAGAAAUUGUUCUACAAGAAGGACAACUGUUAGAAUUACGUUUUCGUGGUAAUGUUGUGCCAAUGGAUAUGGAUCAAAAACUAAUUCCAUUUGCAUUUAACACCUAUUUUCCAUUUUAUUUCGAAACAAAUGUAUCGGAAAUAGAUCGAUAUUCUCAACAUUUAUCAUCCUAUUUCUAUGGAUUUAUACAAGUUUUUGCCAAACAAAAAUUACGCAAUUCAAUAAAAGACGCCGACAGAAAGAAACAACAAUCAGAUGUGGUCAAACAAGAUUCGUAUGAAACUGACAUUUGUCUCGCUGAAUUACUUGUUACUCUACCGAAACCUCCUGCUGAUAUGCGAGCACCUGUACAAAAAAGUUUAACAAGUUUUACCGGUGAAGGAGUUUUAACUCCAACACUCUUUCGUGAUAUGUCAACAAGUUUAAAUGGUGAUGAAUGGCGUCGAUUAGCUCGUCGUUUAGGAAUGACACGCAUACGUAUUGAAGCUAUUGAACAUGAUUAUCAUGACGAUGCGCCAUAUUAUAUGUUGCUUGCGUGGUUUAAACGUGUACCACGUUCAUCAGAUAAAGUUAUAUUACUAACACAUGGUUUAAUGAAUAUAAAUCGAUGGGAUUUAGCACAAGAAUUACAAUCCAUUAAAGAUGAUAAACGUUCUGAACAAGGAACAUUUUCAAAAGAUGACCAAUUGAAAUUAUUUCGAGCUCCGUUUAUGCGUAUUUGUCAACGUGAUGAAUGUGUUCGAAUAUGGAAACAAUUGGCAAGAGAAUUAAUGUUAAGCAAUGAAAUUAUUCAACAUAUUGAACAACAAUAUCCAUCGAAACACGAAAGAUGUUUAAGAAGUUUAGAACAUUGGGCUUUGAAUCAAACACGAGCUGAUCUUCCAUGUUUGGCUAGAAUUAUCAGAAUACUUGGCUUCAAGCCUCUUGCUCGUGAAAUUGAAAAUAUGGCAUAA